CAGCAGAUAGUGUGAGUGAUAGCGCAGUCAGUGCUUCGAAGAGUGGUGAUCCGCAAGAAAGUCGGGACUGAGUUUUCUUCAGCAUUUUUCAUCAAUUUUCUGACGGAAAAUUCAACGGAAAACAGCCUAGCUCGCCGUUUUCUCACACACGUUCGGUAUUUGCUGCUAAGGAACCAUUUCUAUUCGGAGUGGAAACAUCCCGGGUAGGAUUAAUUUGGAACCGAAUUUGCUGUCCAAGACUGCGACCGCGAAAAAAAAGGAAGAGGAACAUAGCAUCGCCAAAGGAAAGUGUGGUCGGUCCAGUGUGUGAGUGUGUGUGUUUGGCCAAUUCAUCCGACAGAGUGAUCCACAAGCACAUCCCUCAAGGCAGCAGAAAAGGAAGAUCGCUUAUUCCGUGUCGUCGUCGCAGAAAGUAGUGUGAAAAACGACGAAGAACAGGCGGCGCAGUCCCGGUUUCGUGAAACAACAUUGAAAAAGGGGAGCAAAGUCACAGUCGGCGGAAGAAAAAUCCACAUAAAUCGUCCUGGUGUUCCAAUCAACCGAAAAGGCUGAAAAUCAACUGUUGGUAGUUCUUGGGAAAUGGUAAUGGAAGCACAACCUUCACCGCAAAGCGUUGGCCGCGAGUUCGUGCGCCAAUAUUACACCCUGCUGAACAAGGCGCCGGAUCACCUGCACCGCUUCUACAACAACUCGUCGAGCUUUGUCCAUGGCGGUUUGGAUACGAAGAAUCAGGAAGCCACGCUGGUGAUCGGCCAGAAGCAGAUCCAUAACAAGAUCCAGCAGUUGAACUUUCGCGACUGUCAUGCCAAGAUCAGCCAGGUCGAUUCGCAGGCUACCCUCGGCAACGGAGUGGUUGUCCAGGUGACCGGUGAGCUGUCCAACGAUGGACAACCGAUGCGUCGUUUCACGCAAACCUUCGUGCUGGCCGCCCAAUCGCCGAAGAAGUAUUACGUCCAUAACGACAUCUUCCGCUACCAGGACAUCUACUCGGACGACGAAAUCGAUGAGAACGAUCGUUCUGGCGAGGAAGACGCCGGUGAAGUGGACACCAACAAUGCCGUGGUGGAUCAACAGUCCGUGCAGGCCAAUGUUGUCGCUUCUGCUGGUGGCGUAGCUCCGGCUCUCGGUCAGCCGCAGCAACAGCCACAACAACCUCAGCAGCAGCAGCAACAACUGUACUAUCCUCCUGGAGUGAUGAGUGCUGCCCCUACCGGUAUCAUCCCAAGCUACGGUCAACCGCAACAGGCUCAACAACCCCAACAGCAGCAGCAGCAACAACAGCUGAAUGGAGUUCACGACGAUCUGCUGAAAACCGUCCCAACCCAAACCACUACCCAGCUGAUGCAAUCUUCGGUUGGUGCUGUCCCUCAGCAAAACCCGACCGCAGUCAUGCAACAAGUCCCAAGCGUCGCCACCGGAAUGCCAACAGUUGAUCCAAUCCAACAUCUCGCCCAGCAACAACAACAAGUGGUCCAACCUCAGCAAUCCACCCCUCAGCAACUUCAACCCCAGCAAAUCCAACAACCUACCAUUCCACAGCAAACCGUUCCCCAACAACAGCAGCAGCAGCCACAACCAACCCCGAUCGCCGAACCGGAACCGAUUCAAAGCUCUCUGUCGAUGAACGAACUGGACUCCGCUUUGCCCUCGAUGAACGACCCAACCCCCGCCGAGGCUAGCGAUUCUCAUGACCACCAUCAUCACCACGGCCAGUCGGACCUGAACGAUCAGCAACAACAGCAUCAGCAGCAAACUGUACCGCAGCAACAACUGUCCAACGAGCCGAAAACCUAUGCUAAUUUGGUCAAGUCUGGCGGAGCCGGUGGUCCCGGACCGUUGAGUUUCGCUUCCGUUUCGUCCCAUCACCACCACCAGCAACAGCAGCAGUCCCAUCACCAGCAAGGCUACAGCAACGUUGCCGCUGGACGUCAAACCGUAAUGUCGCCACCGCCGUCGUCGUCGCUGCAAAGCUCCAGCUCCAACAAUGGUGGCCCCACUUCCGGAGGACUGGGUGGCGCCAGCAAGUACGAUCGCAGCCAGCAACAGAUGUCGCAGCAGGACCAGGGCAUGGGCGGGCAGGGACCGAUGCCCCAGCGAAUGCAAAACCAACAGCGACCGAUCCGAGGCAAUGGUGGCCCAUCCAGUGGUGGACAGAGCUCUCUCAGACCGCAAGAUAGCCGGCCAAGCUAUCAGAGAAGCUACAACAGCGAUGGCGAAGAUCGUCGCCAGCAGAGCAGCUCCCAGUUCGGAGACAACCACCAACUUUUCCUGGGCAACAUUCCACAUCAUGCUACCGAGGAGGAGUUGUCGUCGCUGUUCUCCAAGUAUGGCACAGUCGUUGAUCUGCGCAUCCACUCGAAACCGGGAGCCAAGGUUCCGGGAGUGCGUGCCCCGCCAAACUACGGUUUCAUCACGUACGAGGAUCCCUCCUCGGUUCAGAGCUGUCUAGCGGAUACGCCCCUGUACUUCCCGGAUAACUCUCCCGAUGGUCAGAAGCUGAAUGUGGAGGAAAAGAAAACUCGGAUGCGCGGUCCCGGUGAGACUGGUGGCCGUAUGGGUGGCAGCAAUCUCGGAGGCAACGGAAGCGGUGGACCACGUGGCGGUCCCGGUGGCCCUGGAGGUCAACAGCGUGGAGGCCCUGGUGGCCCACAGGGAAAUAUGAACCGUGGUGGUUCGGGACAGCGCGGCCUCGGUGGAGUUGGUGCCGGAGGUGGCGGUAGUGGUCGCGGAGGAUAUCAGCGAUCAGAUCGAAGCAGCGUAACCGGAGGUGGUCAGCGAUCUGGCAAUGGAAACUACCAUCCAUCAAAUCGCUAAAUCCGGUUCAAGUUCAGCAACGUACGUAAGCAGCAUACCUAAUAGACACACAUACACACCCACAAGCGUACACACCAUUUCUGUGUAAAGCGCUCUUUAGGAAGCAGCGUGUCCCGUGUCGGUAAAAAAUACUAAUAAUAAAAAUAAUAAUAGUAACGAAAUCAAUAAUUCAACACAAUUAAUUACUACUACAGGCUACAGGCUACACUUUCUACUGCUGCAUGGCACCAUGCAGCAGUAAAAGGGAUCAAACAAGCAUCCAUUGUGUGAAUAUAAUUAUCUUAUGUGAAACGUAACGUAACUGUAAUAUUGAAUAUUUCAACUCCAUAAAAACAUACAUCGUAACGUAAGGUAAUUAUCUACUACCUAUCUGACUCUAGAAACGUUUUGAUAAAGAAACACGAGAGGAAUAUUAAAAACACGACGGAAGCUUUAUGCUAUUCCGCCAGCAACUCAAACACAAUAGUUUCCAUCUAAAGUAAUUCAGAUAGCGAGAGAAAAUUAGAGUGUAUGAGUUGGACAUUGAAGAAAAAAGGAUAUUUCUUUUUUGCAAAUGGAACAGCAAACUGCAGACUGGCAGAUAGGACUUUUUUUUUAAAUAAUUAACGAUAAACAAGAAAACUGCUUUAAACAAAAACUAACACGUUACGAAGACCUAAACGUGGACAAACAAAAGGAGAAAAGCGAAAACAAUAAAAUACUUAAAACGUUUUCACAUACUUUUUUUUAUAAUUUAUCGAUGAAAACGGAUAGGAACAUCGAUCAGGGGGCACAUUUCAAGGUGAAAGGCUAGGUGCACGAUGAAACGCGACUUCUUAAGCUGUUACCUAUUGAAAAGAAAACACAUUGCCAAACAUACUGUUAUGCCAGGAUUGCCUAAUAUCAUCACAGGAGGAAUUGUUAAAGUUUCACGUGCUGAUUGAUUUCUGACUAGAAAACUAUUGAGAGUUACAUACUACUCUAUUUCAAUCCUGGCCGACACUGUAGACUCGCAUUUUUCUUUCUUCUUCCAUUACGAGUGUCAUUUACCUUUACGUUUAUUGGUCCGAAGAGGAUACACCUUCCUUCCACCUAGGUGCUCACUGUGUGCGCUCCUGUUUGUAAAAGAGGAUCUCUAGAAUCUUUUAAAGAAUACAUAGUAGAGGAAAGCAAAAUGAGAUUGAAGUAGCGAAGCAAAACGAGAAAUCAGUAAAUGUCUAGUUUAUUUUCCCAUUUGCUGGACACGUUGUUUAGUCCUAUAUAUCUAUUUUAACGGAAACUAUCAUAACAAAUUAGUAUUGUUUUGUCAAUGAGCGAAAGAGUGAACGUAGUUACAAUGUAUGCUAAACAUACUUAAGACACCUUAAGAUAAAAAAGCAAGAAAAAAAACAAAAAAUGCAAUUAGGUCAGAGUAAGUAAUUUAGGGAGAGUAAAACAGAAAAUCACCUACUGAAUACAAACACACAUUGCUAAGCAAGUUCUCACAGCAACAAAAAAGAAACGAAAGAAACUGUAGUAAAAAGAAAACAUUUUUAGAUAGAAAACUGUUCACACAAUUUUUAAAAGCGCAGGAGUUUGUUUGAUUAUGAUUUUACCCUAGAGCGUUCUAUUUAUGUACUUCAACAACCAUAGGAACACUUUAAUAGUAUAGCAAAGGCAAAACAAACUGCUACAAUUUUCAAAAGGAAUGCAUUAGGAUACAUAUUUUUGAGUAUCUUUUUGAGUUUUUUU